AUGGACAUCGUCAAGCGGAGAAACGAGGGUAUCGAGAAGAUGGCAUCUGGAGGACCUCUCUACGAUACAAGCACCCCAAAAUUGGAUGCCGGAGUGUCGCCCUCCACUGAACCUCUCACAUCACACGAACAUGUCCGAUCGUCUCAAUCCAAGGGCUCGCUCAAUACUAUCCAUGAUGAUCUGCUUCAUGCGCCGUCAUUAUAUGAAAAAGGAAAUGAAUCUUCUACCAGCGUCAAUGUUGGCACUUCACUUCAAUCACCUGCAUUCGAUCUGAGCCAUGACAACUUGUCAGAUGAUAUAGACGACGAUCAUUGCUUAGGUUCACCUGUCGAGAUUGGCUUUGAUCAGCUUCGACAAGGUCAUGUACAAUCACGAAGCCCUGAUCUGUCAGCUAUACAAGAGGAAGAUGAAAGGGAGAUUCAUGACUUGGAUAAGGAACUAGAAGCUAGAAUGGCUAGUUGCAGCUUUGAUACGGAUGAAGGAAAAGACAAUAAGCUUCAUUCCGGUUACAACUUGGAGGAUAGACUUGAGCUGAACGACAAGACCUGGACCCCUCUAGAACCUUCCAUUACUCGAUGGUCAGAUGAAGAUAUGUUAUGGCGUCAGGGGGAUCUUUCGGCAUCUGAUUUAGCCAGACGAUUAGUUGAAGUAAAAAAGCAGCGAGAGAGACAAAUGGAGGUAUCGAAAGUAUUCUGGAGAAAUCCUCAGCAUAACCGAAAAAAGCGGGGCUUCAAAUAUCAUAUUUCGAAAGCCUUGGAGAAACUUCCUAGCAGCACAAAAAUGAAGAUGAACAGGUUGGGUGUUGCAAAUCAAGUAGACAAAUAA